AUGAAUUCAAAAAUCCACCGUGGAAAAUCUGUAGAAUGUCCGUUCUGCAAGGCAAGCUUUGGCACGGCCAGUUGUGCCUGCACACACUUGGAAUCUUCGUCAUGCCCGAAAGCACCCAAAUUGAACCGCGAAACCAUUCUUCAAAUUAUUCGACGCCACGAUACUGCUGGACACAUCGCAAAUAACCAAAUCGAAUGGCACAACGAAGCAAGAGGUACAUAUACCGUCACCCGGAAUGCCUACAAUGGAUCCUCAUGGGAGUGUUACCUAUGCCACAAGCGAUUUUCGGGUAGAAGGUGUAUCACUGCCCUAAUCGCCGGGAAUGCAGUAGAGAGUUCGUCGCAUUGGCAGCCUUGUUUAGACACCUUGAGAGUGAAUCGUGUCAAUUUAUGCGCUUCGAAAGCGUUCAGAAAAAUUUCCAUGGGGUUGUUUCAGGGCAGAAGCUACUUCAGAGAGAAGAGACCCAUCCUCCGCGUACAAUCCACGUCAUGA